UCGAUAAUUUUAGUGUCAACUACUAAUGGUGUGGUCCAGAAAGAAUUUCCUGCACUUCAAAAUACCACCAAGCCGAUCCCUCCAAGUGUGUUCUCCUACAGGUUUGCAUCACCCACAAGUAAUCAAACUCCUUAUUAUGUCUCGUCAGAUAUAGUACUAAGGUAAGAUAGUGUUAAUGUUUUGUCUAUGUUUGUGCUGCAAGAUAUGACAUGCUGUAACCUAUAGACAAACUGUUGCUUUUGAAGUCGAGAGAUUACAUCCUGGCUUAUCUUUUAGCAAGCUGAGAAAAAAUAAAUUGUACUUUGUGAAAUGAACAGUUGGUUUUGAUAAACUCCGUCCUUCCAACGGAUGAUACUUUUGACCCACCUUAUGUAAAAAAAAAUCAGUAAUGCUCUACUCUACCAUUGAAAGGCAGAAAGGUUUCUUUUUCAGUCCUUAUACAAAUCACAAAUCUUGUGCCUUUGAAUUAAGGAAAGUUGGCAAGUAUGUGCUAUUCUAUUAAUUUACCAAAUCUGUCAUCUGGAUAGCAAUUUUUGCACAUUUUGAUUGGCUCCCUUCGUAAGAUAAACACAACAGUCAAGAUGGCUAAUAAGCUAAAAGCUCUAUAUUCCUUGUCUACAUCACUUGAUACAUAAUGACGAGGGUGGUGUAAGCAUUUAUGUCAACCUCUUAAUGGGGCUGGAUAUCCUUGGCUAUUCACCAUUUUGUGAAGGGGGACGAUAUGGGAAACUGUUUCAUAAUAGUUUUAUGAAAUUCAGAAGACAACAUUCAGCCGCUUGGUCGUACCAACAAAUACCAAGAAAGCACUGAAAUUAGCCUCAUCUGCAGGCAUUUUAGGGGAGCUCGCAUUUCUUCCCUCGCCACAAGGGCAAGGCUACAAUCAAAUUGACCUGUUUGUGUUUUCUGUAAGGUAGAACAUAUUUUUCGUUACUGAAUUUACAACAAAUUAAAAUCAUGGAAAUGCAGUCAAAAAAUUCCCAAACCACUGCCAAUUUAAAUGUAAACAAAGCUCUCACUAAGUGACAACUCUUAUUUUCAAUUUUGUCUAGUGGGGGAAUUGCACAACAAACAAGAAGGAGGAUUGUACAUAAUGAAGGUUGGGUAAUUAAGACAACACACUAACUUGUAUAAGUGCCAAAAGCCUGAUGAUAAUUUCCCAAUCAAUUUAAAAAAUGUAAGAGAAAAGACAAUAUAGCCACAGAAAAAUUUAAAAUUAGUUCAGUAAUGAGAGAGCAAAAAGAAUUCGUACAUAUAAAGCUUGUGUAAAAAUGGUCGUGUUUUAAAAAGAUUUAAGCUGCCACGUACAUAUGUCGUAGAUAACAUACCAUAACAUUGGUGAUAGCUCAUAAAAGCUGUCAAGAACAUCACGAACAUUUUCCUGGUCAAUUAUUUAUGGUUGUCCAAAAUUUGUAAAUUUUGAGUCAGCUUGUGAGUCUGUGGCUGAAAUUCUAAAGUAUGACAUUAACCUAUGAUCAGUAACUCUACUGAGCAGUACUUUCCGGUGGUGCUGUUUAUUAUCCUGUACAAGGUGGUUCUAACUUUUGAGUCUGUGGAUGAAAUCCUAAAGUAUGACCAUUCAAAUAAAGGCUACUGAGCAGUACUUUCCUGUGGUACUGUUUAUUAUACUGUGCAAGGUGGUUCUGAGUAUUUUUGUUGGUGUGGAAAAAAUAGUGAAUACUUAGUGAUGAUAAGUUACAGUUCAAACAAAUAACGGAAAAAAUAUUCAGAUAAGAGGGAAUGUUCAACAGAAAAUAAUGAACAAAAGUGCCUUAUGCAUACUGUAAUUAUCUUUUGUAGUGGAAAGAAGGAGAAAGGACAAAAUAAACAGCUGGAUAUUUAAGCUGGCCGAUGUUGUCCCACAGUGCAAAUGGGGAAAGCAGGUAUAGUACAAGCCUGCGGGGAGCAGACGCAUUUUUCGGCUCUUGUUUCACCCGCUGAUAAAAUAAUUUUUCGGAGGGAGAGAAGCAACGACUGGAAAUACGUCUGCUCUUCGUAGGCUAGUAGAGUACUGCAUAUAGUCAACCCUCUCUAAGACGGAAACAUUUGGCACUGACACUUAGUGUCCAUCUAACAGUGAUGUCUGUCUAAUAAAGAGACAAAUAAGGGAUAAUGAAAGGCAGUGACCAACUCUAGGUGUCUAUUUUACCAAGGUGUCUGUAUUAUAGAGGUGAACGUUAAGAGAGUCUACUGUAUAUCUGUAAUCCACAGCUACCAGUCACUCACUGUGAAGUCCAGUGGGUAGUCUUGGUUACAGCUUAUACUAUGUAAUAGAGUGUCUUAUUUAUCUCUUCUUUCUUUUCUUUUUUUUUUGAAAAAUGCGCUGCUAAAGUAGGGGUCAGAGGAUGGGGUGGGGAUUGUCAUCAACUAGUGAUGUCCACCUAAAGAGAAAAGUCCUGCUGGAUUGUCCAAAUUCAAAAAAUUCACUACAGUUUUUCUUUAGGGGCUUCAAGAUUUUAAAACCCCUUAUCACUGAGUUUGUAGCAGUGGCAAAGAUGUCUGGAAGUCCUGCUCCAGCUAGCCCUCUCUGAUUUUUAUUUGUCAUUGCAGAGGGGUUGCUUUAAUUAGACACCUCCACCUAUUUCUUCAGCAGCCAAUGUGUGAUUUGUAGGAUCUGUGUGUCACAUAUGCAAACCCACCUGGAUUAUCUGGAAGUCUUCUAAAUAUGGCACCAAUCUCCCUCUCUCCCAUAUAGGUCACCAAAAAAUAGACUUAAUUUCUUCUGUGCUUUAGUUUGAUAUUGAACUCAUUUUUUGCUCAAAAUUUGAAUUUUUUUAUCCAUUGUAAGGUUUCUGGGUCAUUUUUGUCAUAGUACAAAGAUGAAAGCGAAUUUCCAUGCUAUGUACCUCAUCUAAGACUUCAAAUAAUGUUCUAAUCCAUUCCCAUGUUAUUAUUUGUGGGCUUGGUUGAUUUGUUUGGGGGUAGGUGGGGGGUCAGUUGACAUUUGGGGGUGGGAAGGGGGAUGGUUCAAAAGAGAGAGUCUCCAGAUUUUAGAUCUCUGGAAGUUGCCAUCUCUGCUGAUUGUUGAGUUGUUUUUGUGUUCAGAGUAAAAACAUUGUUCUGGAAAAGACUGUAGAGUAUGUAACACAAGUAAAUGAGCAACUGAAGGCAUUUGGGGAUCUGCAGCAAAGAGAACAAAAACUGGGUAAGAAAUUUACUGAAAAACCUGUAUUAAUUUGUUUGUUCCUAUAAAUGGCUACAUCAAAACUCAAAGAGAGCCACAAGUUCUAGCAGUACAGAACAGUACUCACAAGUUCACAUUCAGAUUCAAAAGACAGGACCACCUUGUAAAGCACAGUAAACAGUAUGACAGGAAAGUACUGCUCAGUAGCUUUCAUUUGAAUGGUCACAAUUUAGGAUUUCAUCCACAGAUUCAAAAGUUUGAACCACCUUGUACAUCAUAGCAAACAAUACCACAGGAAAGUACGGCUCAGUAGCUUUCAUUUGAAUGGUCACAAUUUAGGAUUUCAUCCACAGAUUCAAAAGUUUGAACCACCUUGUAUAUCAUAACAAACAGUACCACAGGAAUGUACUGCUCAGUAGCUUUCAUUUGGAUGGUCACAAUUUAGGAGUUCAUCGAUAUUUAGAAACACCUGAUAUACAUGUAGCAAAAUAAAGAGUACUACAGGAAAGUAAUGACAACUAAAACAUGCAUUAUUUUACAGCCCAAGAGGUUCAGCAACUAAAGAAUCAACUUGGGAAUAUCACAAAAGAAAACAAGCUCUUGAAAGAUUUACUUAAAAAGCACAGUAUAGCCAUUCCAAGAAAAAUCCUCACAGUGCAGGAUUCUUCUUCAUCUGCAUCUAAUAACUCUGGAACAACAAACAACUCUUUGACCAUGGCCAGCCCUAAAAUUGUGGCAGUAUCAGCUCCAGUAUCCAUGACAAUGCCUACAACUUUAUGUGCACCUGUCCAAGUACCAGUCAAUGCUCCUGUUGUCACUAUGGUAACACAGGUGCCAAUCACUUCUGCUUCUGUCACAAGUUCCACUAACGAUUUGUCAAAGAAAGAUUCAAUUGCUUACGUUACCCCAUUUAUCAUUGGGACAAAUCCAAUCUCCAUGACGACAAGCACCGUAGCUACAGCUUCUCCAGUGGUUCAGGUUGCUACCCCACUUGUUGCACAGAAUGUAGCUAACAACCCUGGACAACUGCAGCUUAACCAACCGAAACAAAAUCCAAACAGUUCUUCAAACUAUUUAUCCAAUUCUCAUCAGAGUGUUAAUCCUCAGAUUACAAGUGAUUUAGCAAGCUCUUCAACCCCACAACCCUUACAAACUGUUAACAUACCAAUCAGCUCAUCACAAGCUUUGCAACCUUCUCAUGCAGGAUUCUCUCAACACAGUGUUGCCGCAAUAAUGAAGGUUACACUGCAACCAGGAAUGUCAAACUCUGGGGUAAAUCUGGUGAACGCUGUUCCGCUGGCAAACCCUUCAAUCGGAAAUAACAGUACUGCUGUUUUAAAUGUCCAACCCACAGUGAUAAAUACACCUAGUAUUGUUCAAAACUCAAGCACCAUGUUGCCCUUACCACCUUCCGUUUUGCCGGCAUCAAGCAGCAUUUUAACUCAACAAGCAAACUCUGCUCAAAUUGCAGCUUCACAAAUUGGUAGCUUUCAAGUCACUACUUCUCCCAUUCAAAAUGGCAUAUCUCUUUUAAAAGAAUCGCAAAGUGAAGGAGCGAUUGAACAACAGAAGACCUUAAAUGUAACCUCAAAAAUUGUCGGAAGUGGUAAAGCAAAAAAAAGUACUACUGCGAACAAAGCGUCUUCAAAAACUAGCUCUAAAUCUCAAAACACAAGGAGCAACUCACAAAGCAGAGCUUCUUUUGAAGGAAAAACAAACUCAGCUUCAAAUAAACGCAGAGUGGAACACUUAAUAGGUACAAGUGACAAUGGCUUGGUGAAGAGAUCUAACGCGCUCAGCUCCCAGGAGUCACAAGGAAAUAUGAAUGUGUGUCAGUCACAAGAGGAGAUAAUUACGGUACAGAAUUUCAAUGUCAGUGCUUUAAUUUCUGGUAUUUCACCUCAGGGGGCAUCUGUUGCCAAUAUUGUUCCUACUGGGAACGAUUGUGGUAAACAAACAUUGCCUGUUUCUACUGUGGCUUUGAGUCAGCCAGCGCAUGGGCCACGCCUGUCACAUAGUAUUGCGUCAUUAGCAGGACUACCUCAGAGUAUAGGACAGCAACAAACUUCAACAGACCUUCAUCAACAUCAACAAGUGUCAACAUCUGCUCCAGGGAAUCUUAGUUUUUCAGCCGAGUCUUUGCUUGCUUCAAGCGAAGUCAUUUUGCCUAACAUUCCACUCAUAACAACUACCUCAGUUUCCGAAAACAGCUCAAAUCAGCCAAAUAGUUUCACAUUAGCCAUUGUUCCCUCAGCCCAGAAUACCAGAGGAGUACUUCCUCCCAGUACAUCCAAUGAACAGUCAGUGCACAAUAUACCCAAUGAACAGUCUGCGCAUAAUACAGCUACUCAACACAGCCAUACACAGAGCUUUUCAAACUAUUCCGCCGAGGCGCUUAUUGGAGGAAGUGAACUCAUUGGGGAUAUUGCACAGGAAUCCCAAAUUCAAUCAAGGCCAUCGAGGACAACAUAUUCUGAUUUUAGCGCAGAGUCUCUUAUUGGUUCCAGUGAUUUAAAUUCAAGUUUGUCGUACGCUAUUGACAAUUUGAUCUCAUCGCGGUCUGACGCAAAUUUCAACAGCACCGCAAUGGUGUCUGUGAAUCCAAAUUUACUCCACUCUGUUAAACCCAACAUGGCACACGAUGUAGGAUCGAACUCUAUACUCGCAACUGUUUCAGACCUAGGAGAACAGAAAUCUGCAGCUACUGUUACUCAGCCAACAGGAACUUUUAAUUCUAAUAUAUCAAACAGUGCGUAUGGAGUCUCUGUUGCAAAUUCUGCGCCAGUACAGUUUACAGUUACAAGUAGCAGCGAUAGCAGACGAGCAAGAGAAGGGUCUUCAAAUCAGCAAGGAAUAAUCCCAGCUGUGAACAGCAUUUCUGCUACAUCUACCAGCUUUUUAAAACACUCUGUUGAUAGUAUCACCUCAUCGUUUUAUGCAGCCAGUAAUGCAAGUUCUGGUUUCCCACUGGGACCCAUUACUACUACAGUCAAUUCUUUUCAGCCCCAAUCUUCGUUUGGCAUGGACACACUACCAGCUAGCCAGCUGUCUUUUGGCUCCAUGGCAAAUCCAUUUUCACAAACGAGACCUUUUUUCACUCACACUUCAUCAAUGGGAAGUUUUCCGGUAUGA